AUGUCUAACGUUCAGCCUUCAAACGCAAUCUACUUCCCAGAUGGUGCCGGUUACCUCCUGGUCAAAGUGCUCCAAACAAGGUGUGACAGCCCUGAGAUUGAGAGCAACGUCGUGCUUGUCAAAUCUCUUGACGACAACAAGCUCUACGUUCGCAAAACUGUGGAGGUAACCGAAUGUUCUACAACAGGAAUCCCCAACGAGGUUGAGUUCAACCUAUCCUUUGACCUGAUCCCGCGUGUCAAGGAUAUCACAAAGUAUGUAGAUUCACCAAGGGGUUAUCACUACCGGGCAAUCUGUACCGAGUUUUGUAACGGCGGGGAUCUCAGAGGUCUGUUAAAUGUUUAUUGCGGAAAAGGAAGCUCUGCAAUGCCCGAGCUUUUGAUCUGGAAAUUCAUCGCUGACUUUUGCAAGAUCCUUAAUUUCCUCAGCGAGAACAAAGUCGAACACAAGGACAUCUGGCCACAGAACAUCUUUCUUCGGUAUCCCGAGAAGAAUCUCGACGAUUGCCUACCUGAUUUUGUUCUUGGAGAUUUUGGCUGGGCGGUGCCCCUGACCGAGGCAAAUCGAACAGAGGAUAUGGCCCUUUUCUGCUGUCGCCUUUGGGAGAUGUGCCUGGGUUACCCCUGGGAUGGAAGAACAUGCGACGUCCUCAAGUCAUCCCACCUCUCUGUAGGUCUGCGCGUGAUUCUAAAUCACCUCAUCAUCUCGGCAGAAGACGAUGUCCUUGGGCUGAAUUUCUUGAUGAACACCCUUCUGCCCUUUGCAGAACAUAGAAUUGGUCAACUUCGCUGCAAAGGCACCGUCCGCCGCCAUCUGAGUUGUUUGCCUACCAACUCCCAGGGCGACUACGCCACAACCUGGCCAGAGAAAUUGGAAAGCUUAGUAAAAGAUUGGAAAAUCUUCUAUGUUCAGCAGUGUCCAGACGAUUCUGGCAAGCUCUCAAUUCAAGGACUCCAAAAAGCCGUACGGAAGGGAGAGCGAGAUUUCUUCUCUUUCCACAAAUCCUCCACCAGACCGGCUGACCUCAGCCUGGUCUACCGCUUCGAUGCUGGCCGAUUAAACUUCCCUCCCACUGGGGUGAAAUUGAACGGUGAAUGCGGGGAGACAACCUUCAUGGUCUCUGGGAAGGAAGAUACGGACCAGAACAAAGCUGAGAGUCACCCCGGAGGAAGACCAAUAAAGACGUGCUACGCUCGCAAGCAUCAAUUGGAAACUAGCGGCGUGUCAUCUGCUCCUAAGAGGAGAAAGACGGAUCCGUUCAAGGUGCCUAUCGCUAAAGUAUUCCUGAAGGCUACACAUCCACAGCAAGGCCGAUCAGGCUCCUUGACAGACGAAGAAGUAGACGACGACGAGGAGGUAGCUGCGCUGCGGAAAGCAAUCGACCUGAUUGAAGUUAACUUACGUUACGAAGCAGAGAUCCGGAGCGAAGCGGAUGACCUGACCGAGGUUGAAGAUGACGACCGGGACGAAGCUAUUGCAGAGAAUGAAGUCGAGAUGCUGGCCAAAUUACAUAGCUUGACCAAAGAAGAGAAGGAGAGGCUCGCCAAAGCUGAAGCACAAAAUGAAGCGGAGAGACUGAGCCAAACAGAGACCCGUUGCGAGACAGUUACUCUUUCCGGCACCGCCGGCUUCUCUACGGAAGCCUCCAAUGACAUGCAAGCACUCAACGACGUGGAAGUGUCCUCACACGCGAACCCCUUGCACGAAGCAGUCACUCAAGCUCAGAUCAGACCAGCCAAGUUGAUUACUGGCAGCUCACCGGAGAAGAAGGCAACAGCUUCACCAGUCAUGGUUAUAGAAAACCUCUACAAACGUGCAGUUGCCCAUGCCAAGAAGAGUCCUACAGCACCGCCGGAUGGAUGCCCUCCAACGCGGGAGAAAGACCUGCCUUGGCUGUAUAUGUCCAAGUCUGACGCCAUCUUUCUUACUGCAUCUUGGCUGGUUCUUGCCAUCUGCAUUGUGUCACAGUUUUUCUAA